UAGUGCAAUCUGCAUAAAAUUAAUCAUUUAAUAUAAUAUAGGUAUUCACUUUUGUAUCUUUAUCCACUUAGUUGCUCAAUCAUCAUUUAUUACUCUAUUGUAAAUGGCAUGAUUAAAAAUAUAUCUACCUAACUUAAAUCGUAGUCGUUUAAUAUUAUAUUUAAAUAGUUAGUUGUYGGUACUCCCAUUUCAUAUACUUAGUUGUACUUCUAUAUCAGAUUAGGUUAAGAUUACUUGAUAUUUGAUGCAUUUAACACCAUCAGCACUUACUAUUUACUAUAAUAGUUAAUAGUUACCAUUACAGUUCAACUGCAGACAGCCACAGUUGCAAUUAGGUUGAUAAAAAUAAUUAAUUAUUUAACGGUGAUACUAUACACCUAUCAGGCCCUGUGUAACCACCAUGAAUUCUACAAUUUCUGUGUCCAAGGGUUGUUUUGUGUUCAAAAAACCAAACAAAGAAAAGAACAAAAGAAAAAGCAAAAGCAAGAAACAAUUGACAACUUAUCAACCAGAAUCUGAGUUAUGGCAUACUACAUUCAUUGAUAUCUGGAAUAAUGUUAAAUCUAAAAUUGAUGAUUUAAAUGGAUCAAUAUACUCAAAGUUUAUUUCUGACACUGUAGAUUUCCUAGCCUCAUCAAACAUCACUACAAAUCUAUAUAUUCCAACAGCAUGUUUACUUACAGGAGUAAAUUUACCAGAUCACGAAUCAUUAUUUGGAUUGUUAGCAACAAAUUUAGAAAAAUCUCAGCCGCCCAUUGUUGUUGCUACACUUUUUUCUGAACACUUUUCUAGCGUUAAAAAUGCAGUUAUAAGUAUGGUGUCACAAUUGUUAAACACAAAUGACGAUGAAUCUGAUUUUGAUGAAGAAAUGGAUGAAAGUUUUAAUCCUGUUGUUAAACGAUCUGAAUGUACUAUGUCUACUUUAAUUGAAUGGUAUAGUCAUCAACUAAUUGGAACUCGUGUAGCGAUUCUCAUAAAAGAUUAUGAAAUGUGUCAACAAACAGUCUUACAAAAUUUCAUCUUACUUUUAAGUUACUAUGUAAAAGAAAUUCCUAUUGUGUUGGGUAUUGGUAUUGCAACUUCUAUAUCAAACUUACAUAAUUCUCUUCCUCAUCAUGUGGUCACAAAACUUCAAGUGAAAACUUUUGUUAGUGAAGCAUCUGUAGUAUUUUUAAACAAUAUCAUGGAUCAGGUAUUUUUAAAGCCAGACUGUUCAUUUUACUUGGGUGGACGUAUUUUGGAAUAUAUGACUGAAGUAUUUUUAUACUAUAAUUUUUCUAUUAAACAGUUUAUAGAAAGUCUCAAGUUUUGCCUCAUGGAACAUUUUUAUCAAAAGCCACUUAAUUGCAUAUGUGUGGCACAUGAAUCAGCACAGGGAGCUUUAUUUGAUUCUUUAGAUAAAAAAACACUUGAAGAAAUUACUAAACUGCGUUCAACAAAUUAUAAAUUAAAAAUCGACAACAAUUUUAAAGAAAAUUUUCUUCAAUCAAUUAGAAAUUUAAAAGCUUGUAUUGAUGAUUUUCAUAUUGGGYUAAGAGUAUUACACAUUUUAGUGGUUGACUUACCACAUUCACCAUUAGGAACUCAACUUAGAGAAAUGUAUAGCACUGCAAUGAAGAAACACAUAAUUGACGACACAUCAUACAAAACAUGUUUACAAUUAUUAAAAUUUUUGUCUAAAGAUGAUUUACUUGCCAAAUUUGACAAGAUACUUCACGUUUUCAAGAACAUAAAAAAUAAUAAACAAGCAAAAAUUGCUUUAAAAUUAGUUCAAAGCUAUGUAAAACGUUUAGAAGAGUCACAUUUAAAUAAUUUAGUUAUUGUAGAAGAUAAACCCAAAGAAAAACCUAAAGAAAAUUUUAAUUUAGUAAUCUAUUAA